UUUAUUGAUUGGUUAAUUGAUAAAGAAUUGUGUCCACGUUCAAUUGAGGCAUCAUAAUUACACCCUCUAUCUGUUGUAUCAGCAGCCCUCAAGGUGCGUAAAUGAUAGGGCGUAAUGGAUACUCUUAGGAUAAAAAUGAAAAAAAAUAAAAAUAACCCUCUACUAUCAUCAGUUUAUCUUAUUGCAGGAUAAAUUGGCUUAGCAAAAAAAAAAGCCCCUUUGUUGGAAAAUAUAAAUAGGUCAACAGCUUAACCUGCAGCUUUUGUUUCUUUCAUCAAAAAAAAAAUUAAAACACCUCCACUAUAGCUCCAGUACACACUAACCUCACGCUGUUACAGGCCGUUGCGCUGCGCCUGUUUGCUUUUUUUUUUUUUUUUUAAUGCUUUGCCCUCCACAAGCCUAUAUAGCCCACGACAGCCAAAUAAUAAUGAAUCAUUUCAUAAAUAAUGGGUUUAGGAGCUUAUCGUGGAUGAAGAGGCCGCUGCCGUGCAGCUUAUCUCACUCGGCCACAUUGCGGCCUGUGUUCCGCUCCCAUAUACUGAGGGAGCGCACUGGAUGCGACGAGGAAUAACUCAGCUACACACACACACACACACACACACACACACACACACACACUCUCACACACACACACACGCAAACUCACUCUCUCACACACACACACACACACACACACACACACUCACACUCACACUCACACUCUGACAAACACACGCACUCACACUCUCACACUCACACAUAUACACACUCUGCUCCACAACUGGCAAGAAAAAAAAAAAAAGAAAAACCUCAGACAUGGAUGACCCACUCACAAAAUGGCUCCACUUACACAGUAACAUCAACAACACGGCUGGAACGGACGUAGUGGACUCGAGCAGAGUGGUGACGGUAUAAAAAAUGAUGGAAAAACGGCAUCCGGAGCUUCGUCCUGGAAGUCCCGAGGAAGAGUCCGGUCCUGGAAAGCGGGAGGACUCCUCCAUCAUCUCCAGACUGAACGGAUGCAACAAGGAGGGAGAGCUGGAGCCGAGGAGGAGAGAGGAGGGGGAGAAAGGGAGGAGAGGAGGAGGAGGAGGAGGCAGCUUCAAGGAGGUUGAUGAUGAGGAGACGGAUGACGUUUCUCCUCUGCAGAACACGAGCAACGGGACCAGCAGCAUCAGCAUCAUCAUCAACGGCGUUGCCAAGGAAACUGCCUCUCACAACGCCCUUGACCUGAAAAGGGAAGUGCCGGUGAUCGAGCUCUCCAGGAGGGACGCUAUAAAAGCGCUGGAGCAGAGGACUGAGAGCCAUUUGGUGCCGAUCACGGAACUUCGCAGACCUCCACCUCCUCCUCUACCACCUCCACCGCCGCCGCAACGAGACGACGCUCGAAUGGUCCAACUGAGCCCAAACGCGUUUCCUGUCCCGGCCCGGGCCAUGCUCUACAACCUGGCGCAGCCUCUCGCCGCCAUCAACAGUCUCGGAGGGGAGUCGGAGCAGUACAGCAUGUACCCCAGCAACAGGGUAAAGCGUCGCCCGGCGCCUUAUGAGGUUGAACUCGACGAGGGUAGGCACAUUUUAGAUCUUUAUAAGUAUGCUGGCCAGCCAAAGAUUGUACGUCGUAUCUUCACUAACAGUCGUGAACGUUGGCGGCAGCAGAACGUAAACGGGGCGUUUGCGGAGCUUCGCAAACUCAUCCCCACUCACCCCCCAGACAAGAAGCUGAGCAAGAAUGAGAUCCUGCGGCUCGCUAUGAAGUACAUCAGCUUCCUCUCCAACCUCCUGGAGGACCAGGACGGAGGGAGGAAUGUUGGCAGCACAACUGAUGGGGAGACGGGGCUGCUGGUUGGGGUCGGGGCCCUUGAGGGGGGCCCUCAGGGUGGUCCACAUCAGGACACAGUGGUGGGCUUGGCCAGGGACGAUCUUCUGGAGACAAUGUCACCAGGCUCCAGUUGUGGAAGCCUGCCUGACGGCGAUGCUGAGGGCAGUCCCGAGAGCUUUAUGGAGGACCAGGACUCACCUCCAGCACCAAGGACUCUAACAGCCUCACGUGGGCCCGCACUGCAUCUAGCUGGUAGAGAUCUGAGGCGCAAUGGCCGCGCUUUAGAUGAGUCCAGCCGUCGAUGAUACCGAUGCCAACAGACCACGGACACGACAACCUGAGACUGAAAUGAAAGGGACUAAGAAAGAGGUGGAUAUUCUCAGGACCCGUUAGCUUCGAGUCGUCAGUGUAGGAAAGAGAAUCAAGCUCCACGCAGUGAGAUAGUGGAGUGAGUUCCUGUCUCCAUACUACACCUGAGGCAGCACUGAUGAAUAGCUUGCUUUGAUUGGUGAUUGGUUGAAUUUGAUCCAACAAAAGACUUGUAAAUUCUGCAUGUCUCACGUCUUUGACUGGGUGCGGAUUAUAACUUUCCGUGUUUUGAAAGUCCAAAGACAGGAUAUUCUAAAAUAAAAAAAAAACUGAAAAAGAAAGAACAAGCAAACAAAACAACAACAAAACCAAACAAAAGAUCAAUCAAGAGACACUUAGCAAAGAUUUUUGAUGUGUAAUAUUGAAGUUCGGACCAAUGCUUCACAAAUGAUACUAUUGAUUAUAAUAUGGUGCGGCCAGAAUAGAUCCAAUGUGCAAGUAAAUGGCUCUAAAACAUCAAUGAGAAAACCCUGCCCAACUAAUUGAAUGUGUAAGAAUAAUGACACAAAAGUAAGUUUGCCUCAUUUGGAGGCCGUAAAUGAACCGACUGGACUCUAUUGUACCCAUGCAGUUACGUAUGUAUUGUAAAUAGCAUUAUAUUUCCACUGCGCAAUGUAACAACAGUGACUCGAGUUCAAGUCAGUGUGGUUUAAGAUGUACUGUAGUGUGUUUGUCAAUGGGUUUACUAGCAAAAUGGUCUUUUGGGAGACGAGGAAAAAGGAGAGAAGAGAUGAACUCGAAAUGUAAAGCAAGCAACUGAACUUAGUACAUCAAAUGUGGUACCAUUUACUUCUGUUACACUUUGGUGGUGAGAAAACAACACCAAAUACGUCGACAGACAGUUAAAGAUUUUCACUGCCGGGAAUGAAUAUAUCUAUUUGAAUUUGCGGAGGUACAAGACAUGCAGUGUUUCUGAAAGUGUACAAAAUAUGAGUCACAUGAUAUUAUGAAACGACUCAUGCAGUCCUUUUGAUAUGAAUGUUUCAGUGUUUUUUGUUUUUUUUAACUGUAAUGCAGUUGUAGUUUAGUAAGGUACAUAAAUAAAUCCCUUCAUUGCCGCAUUUCAUAUACACACACACACACACACACACACACAACACACACACACGCACGCAUACACACAGUGUUAAUAUCAUAACAACACCAGCAGUUUUCUGAUUAAUACAGUCAAGUAUUGCUCACUGUUGUUGGUUAUUCUGCUUUUUCAGCAGGACCUAGUAGCCUAUAUUGGUACCUUUGGUAACUAUGGUAUUUUAUGAAUUGCAGUAAAGGGACAUUGUACGUUUGGUAAUGACAUAUUUGUUGUAUGAUAGCUGUAUCUAUAAAUAUAUCCAAUGUUAAAUCGAUGAAUUUUAUACAAAACCCCUGAAUAAAACACGCAGAGGAAAAGCCUUGUAUUUGAUCUCA